GUAGAGAGAGAAAAGACCCAGACACACCGGGGUGGAGUCAACCCUAAUCCCCCAAAAAGUUCGACCAUGCUCAAGGUUAGAUUGAAAUUCGCAACGGUCUUCCACAAUUUCAGUACGGCGGCGGCGAAACAUAGAAGAGUGCCGUCCAAGUACAAGUCUCUAGCCAUCGGCAAAGCCCAGCAAGCUAUUACAGACUAUCUCCACACCACCAGGUCUCUCUCCUACACUCACGCCGAACACAUUGCCUCGAACGCCUCUGUUUCUAUUCGAAACCUCAUCCUCAAGCUUGAUUUCUCUGUUCCUACCUUCUCCAAAUCGCUCCGGAAGCAUCUUAGUUACCACCCUAUUAACGAAUUCGUGUUUUUCUUCGAGAGCAUUGGCAUUGAUUACAACGAGGUUAGCGAGUUUUUGCCUCAGAAGAAAUUCUUCUUCUAUGAGGAUCGGAGUGUGCUGGAUGCAGCUUGUGCGUUAUCUAAAUUCGGGUUUCCUUGGAACAAACUUGGUAACCUAUAUAAAGAGGAAAGGUUAGUUUUUGUGCAGAGUCCUGGAGAGAUUGAAUCCAGGCUGCUUAAGCUCAAAGAUUUAGGAUUUACUUCUGUUGCCGUGAUUGGUAUUUGUUUAGCGAUUCCUCGUACUCUGUCGGGAGGUGGAGAAUUGGGUUCGGAGAUACGUUGUUUGUUUGUUAUGCUGAGGAGGCUUUUUGAUGAAUUCGAUUCACAUCAUGUUUUUGAAGAAAAUGUGGAUUCUUUGCACGCCAUUAGUAGGAAAAUUAGGGUCUUUUACGAUUUGGGUUGUGACAAUAUAGAGAUGUGGGAGUUGAUGGGUAUAAAUAAAUCACUUUUUGUGGAAUAUUCUGAAGAAGCUUUGAUGAGAAAGGUUGAAUAUUUUUGUAGGUUUGGUGUUAGGAAAGAAGAUGUUGCUCUUUUGAUUCUUCGAAAUCCCGCUAUUAUGGAUUUUGAUCUAGAUAAACCGGUGUUCUCAGUUACAGGAAUGCUUAAGCAUUUUGGAUUGAGCCAGGAUGAAGUGGAUGCUGUUGCUCAAAAAUACCCAUACGUUAUUGGUAGAAACAAACUGAAGAAUCUGCCUCAUGUGCUUAGAGCGUUAGAUCUACAGGAAAGGAUCUUUGAUAGAUUGAUGAAUGGGAAUCAUCAUUUACUCGCUAGCUAUUCAUUGAUGGAUCCCGAAGAAGAUUUAGACAGAGAAUAUCAAGAAGGCUUGGAGGAGCUUCAAAACUCGAGAACCAAAACACAUAAUGUUCAAAAAUUGGAUUUCCUUCAUGAAAUAGGGUUUGGCGAAAACGGCAUGACCAUGAAGGUACUACAGCAUGUCCAUGGUACCGCCAUAGAGCUACAAGACCGAUUCCAAAUCUUACUAAACAAUGGCGUCAUUUUCUCAAAGACAUGCAUGUUGAUAAGAUCAGCACCAAAGAUCUUGAACCAGAAACCGCAUAGCAUACAAGAUAAGCUAAGGUUUCUGUGUGGCGAGAUGGGAAGUUCUUUGGAAUACCUAGAGAGUUUUCCCGCUUAUCUAUUGUUUGACCUGGAUAACAGAAUCAAUCCAAGGUUCAGAUUCCAUAAGUGGCUUGUGGAGAAAGGGUUGAGUGAGAAAAGCUAUUCAGUCGCAAGCAUGGUAGCUACGAGCGAAAAGGCCUUCAUAGCUCGUCUAUAUGGAAUUCAUCCAGCAAUCCCGAAACACUGGUUUGAACGCUUCUCAUACAGGAAAACCUGAUACACUGAAUUAUAACUGAAGAAAGUACUCGUUGGAUCUUGCAGCAGCUUGAAGCAAUAUCUGGACCUGAACACAAAAAAUCUUGUUGUCAAAACACACGUUACAAACUCUCUAAAAGGUAACAACUGCUUGUGGAUAUUUGCAGAGGAAAGGUUUGUUUGUUUCUGGGAUGUAGAAAUGAUGGGGACACUUGGAUAAUUUGUGGUUACCGAUUAUUAGAUGAGGGAAUAAUAACUUAUCUGUACCACUCCGUUUUUGGGCUCUUGAGAGAUCAUGUAAGUGAAAGAUUACAGUUAACUUUUGUAUAUACUACUACUUUUUCCUUUUAUAAUCAGACAACUUAUUGCAA